AUGUUUUCCAAAACCCUCCUCGUCUCUCUGGGCUUAGCAGCAGCAGCAACAGCAACAGCGACCGCAACCGCAACCAACGCCCCCGUCACCACCGACAACACUGGCCUGCAGUAUCGCGCCGUGCUUCAACCAAAAGACAACACCACCGUGACCGGCCAUAUCACCACCUAUCCCGGUCCCAGUCAGGUGGGACUGAACUUUUUCGUUGAGCUGUGGGGGAUUCCGGAUGGGGAGGCUUUGUCAUACCACAUCCACAACCUCCCCGUCCCCGAAGACGGAAACUGCUACAGCACCGGCUCGCACCUCGACCCGUACGCCCGGGGCGACGCCACGCCCUGUGACAUCCACGCGCCGCAGACCUGCCAGGUCGGCGAUCUGUCCGGCAAACAUGGCCCCGCGUUCGCCCCCGACGACGAGGCCUUCUCCACCGUCUACACCGACUGGUUCGUGUCCAGUCUCGCCGAUGAUCCCGCGUUCCUGGGUAAUCGCUCGUUCGUCGUCCAUGCGCCGGAUAAUACGCGGUUGGCGUGUGGGAAUUUUGCGGUUUGGGAGGGGCAUUAGAUGGUUCUGUCAGGUGGGC